AUGAAGCUCUCUUGGACCCUAUCGCUUCUGGCGGCCAUCGGACUCGUGGCAGCAGGCCGAAGCCCACAACAUGUUGGCUCAGCAGGCAAAAAGCUCGCACAGAAACCGCGGUCUGUGCCUCGUCAACCUCUUCCAGCAGGUCCAAAGAUAGAGAAGAGAGCGACGUCCAAGUAUGCUACGGCGGAGACCGAGAAAUACGUCGUCAAUGGCACGGCAGGCGCGAUCCCAAGCGUCGACUUUGACAUUGGCGAGUCCUAUGCUGGUUUGAUGCCAAUCUCGGACGAGAAGAAUGCUUCGGAGCUAUAUUUCUGGUUCUUCCCAUCAGAAAAUCCGGCCGCUGAGAAAGAGAUCCUCAUCUGGCUGAACGGCGGUCCUGGCUGCUCGUCACUGGAAGGCUUCCUGCAAGAGAACGGCCCUUUCCUGUGGCAGUACGGGACCUACAAGCCAGUCCCAAAUCCGUGGACAUGGGUCAAUCUGACGAACAUGGUCUGGGUUGAACAGCCCGUCGGUACCGGCUUCUCGCAAGGCGAACCAACAGCGACAUCCGAGACCGAUGUCGCCGACCAAUUCCUCGGCUUCUUCAAGAACUUCGUCGAUACCUUCGCCAUGCAGAACUACACCGUCUACAUCGCGGGCGAGUCGUAUGCCGGUUACUAUGUUCCCUAUAUCGCCAAUGCUAUGAUCGAGAGCAACGACACCACCUACUACAACUUCAGCAGCUUGCUCAUCUAUGACCCGAGUCUGUCAUAUGACGUGGUACAGCAGUCAAUCCCGACCGUACCGUUGGUCGACUUCUGGGGUCCCUUGUUCAACCUAAACGCGUCAUUCGUGGAAUACCUUCACACAACGGCCGACGAGUGUGGGUACACUCAGUUCCUAGAAGAGGCUUUGGUCUACCCACCAAAAGGCAUUUUGCCAUCUCCACCCAACGUAGCGAAUGACAACGACACGUGCGAUCUCUUCGACGCUGUAUUCAACGCUGUCCUCCUCGUCAAUCCUUGUUUCGACAUCUACCAGGUGGCCACGACCUGCCCAGUUCUAUGGGAUGUGCUCGGGUUCCCAGGCAGUUUCGAAUACCUGCCCGAAGGCACAGACAUCUACUUCAACAUCACCGCAGUUCAGGAGGCGAUUAACGCCCCAGUCCAAGAAUGGAUGGAAUGCACCUCGAUCGACGUCUUCGUCAACGGCACAGACAACUCACCACCUUCGGCCCUGAGCGUCCUCCCCGGUGUCAUCGAAGCCGCAGACCGUGUCGUAAUCGGCCACGGCUUACUCGACAUGAUCCUCAUCUGGAACGGAACUCUUGUGGCAGUCCAGAACAUGACAUGGAACGGCGCCCAAGGCUUCUCUACCGCGCCAAGCGAGUGGGACGAUUUCUACGUGCCGUACCAUGAGAACAAUUAUGAUGACCCGACAGCCGCGGGCACGCUCGCUGGAGCAGGUGUGAUGGGUCAGACACAUACUGAAAGAGGUCUGACGCUGGUGACGAUCGACUUGAGUGGACAUAUGGUUCCGCAGUAUGCGCCGAGUGCUGCGUAUAGGCACGUGGAGUAUCUGUUGGGCAGGAUUCCGAGCUUGAGUACGGUCGGGCCGUUUACGACGAUGGAGGAUAGUAGUUACUAG